GCUGAGAGAAGCGGAAGGACGGCCCGCUGCGAUUGGCGGGUCCCCCCGUCUCCGGGAGUUGUUGCUGGGCAGGGUAAAGAUGGCGGCUCUGGACAGGGUCAAGGUGCUGGUGUUGGGCGACUCCGGUGUCGGAAAAUCUUCACUCGUUCACCUGUUGUGCCACAACCAGGUGCUGGGAAACCCGUCCUGGACAGUGGGUUGCUCCGUGGAUGUGCGAAUCCAUGACUACAGAGAAGGGACUCCAGAAGAGAAGACUUACUACAUUGAGCUGUGGGAUGUUGGAGGUUCAGUGGGUAGUGCCACUAGUGUGAAAAGCACACGAGCAGUAUUCUAUAACUUGCUAAAUGGGAUAAUUUUAGUGCAUGACUUAACCAACAAGAAAUCAUCCCAGAAUUUGUAUCGCUGGACUUUGGAAGCACUCAACAGAGAUGUUGCUCCAACAGGAGUUCUUGUGACGAAUGGUGACUAUGACCGUGAACAGUUUGCUGAUAACCAGAUUCCACUGCUGGUAAUAGGAACUAAGCUGGAUCAGAUCCCAGAAACUAAGCGGAAUGAAGUUUUGACCAGAACAGCUUUCUUGGCUGAGGAUUUCAAUGCUGAAGAGAUAAAUUUGGAUUGCACCAAUCCUCGUUACCUGGCUGCAGGUUCAUCCAAUGCUGUCAAACUAAGCAGGUUUUUUGAUAAGAUUCCUGGCUUCUCUGAAAGGAAAAGGUUUGGAGGAGGAACACUGAAGAGCCUUCAUUAUGACUGAACACUGAAGAAGUGGAAGAUGACUUCUCUGAGUUCCUAAUGACAUUCCUAUUCCAAUUGGAUGCUCAAAGACAAUAAUGCUUAUGUCAAGCAGAGUAAAUAUUACAACUGGCUAGCCUGCUGAAGCUACUAUUGUUGGAAAAGACUUGGGGAAGGAUUUCCAGAAGCCUAAUCUGAAGCCUAGAGUCUUUCUUAGGACUGCAGGCUGUCCGGAUAUAUGGGAACAACUGGGGAAAGUGUGCAAUAAGUUGAAUGUCUCUCACUGCUGUGGGAAACUUUAUACACAGCACAUCUGUGUGACAUCUUUCUCUCCAUUUUGGAAAACUUACGGUCAGUCUUUGCAAUGAAUUGCAUUCAUUUUACCUCUAAAGGAAAGGUGACACUGAGCGGGCUUCACAUUUCCUGUAAAGUGAACAAAAUGUGAGGAUGGGUAAGGAACGGUCUGGAAACUAAUCAAAUGCCUUCAUUAUAUGAGUGGUGUUGUCUCACCUGGAACACACUGUUCAUCCUAUUCAAAAGGGAAAAAAGAAAGGCAAUAUAUGAAGAAAAGGUUUGAAGCAUUAAAAAAAGAAAAUCGUUAGCAGAGGAAGUGGUGUUAAUUCUGCUGCUUAAAUUAAAAUUGUUUACUUGGAGAGGGCCAAGUGAAUCAAGUCUUUGUCUUUUCAUGAUUGACUGUGGUCUUGUUCUUUAUAUUAAAUUAAAAGGCAGUGCUUUGAAAACUGAUGGGAAAGGUAUGUUUUUAUACAAUGCUUAUUUGAAAUAAAUAUGACAUGGUCUUACUGA